GAGUCUUUUGUUAAUAAAUAGUUUAAAAUCAAUAUCCAAAAAAAGGCAGCUUCAGGGUGGCAAAACUUUGGUUCCCUUCAUUCUCUUCACACAUUUGAGGAAGAAACAAUACCUUUCUCUUUCAAAAUAGAGAGGUGGUAACAUUGCCCAACCAGUAUAAUCCUAAUAUCAAAACCAGACCAAGGCUGUUACAAGAAAGAAAAUUAGACCAAUAUUCCUGUUAGCAUAUAUGAACAAAAUCUUUAAAAUUUUAGCAAAUCAAAUCUGGUAAUAUAUAAAAAUGACCAAGUGGAGUUUAUCCCUGACUGCAGUGUUGAUUUUAACAUUCAAAAAUUGGUAUAAUUUGCCACAUUAACAGAUUAAUGGAUUAAAAAUCCUAUGAUUGCCCUGGCUGGUGUGGCUCAGUUGGUUGGGCGCCAUCCGGUGCACUGUAAGGUUGCCGGUUCAGAUUCCCAUCAGGUCACAUGCCUGAGUUGUGGGCUCAAUCCCCAGUCAGAGUGUGAAGGAGGUUGCCAACUGAUAUUGCGCUCUCAAGUUAAUGUUUCUCUCGCUUCCUCUCUCUUUAAAAAUCAAUAAACUAUUCUUUAAAAAAAAUUCUCUGAUCAUUUCAACCGAUGCAUAAAAAGCAGAUGACAAUAUGCAACAGCUAUUCAUGAUUUUUAUUUUAUUUUUUAAAGAAAAACCAACCUCCCAGCAAACUAGGAACAGGAAACUUCCUCAGUCUGAUAAAGGCCACCCCCGAUCAAGUUACCAUUAGCAAUGUGCAUAAUAGUGACAGGCUGAAUGCUUUUCCUCUAAGAUCAGGAACUAGAAAAGGAUUCCACUCUCACCACUUCAGCAUUAUACUGAAGGUCUUAACCAGCAGCCACACUGCCUGCCAGGGAGCUGCAAUGGAUGGGCCACCGUCAGAACUCAUGGAUCCCCCUCUGAGUCAGGAGACAUUUUCAGACUUGUGGAAUCUACUUCAUGAAAACAAUGUUCUGACCCCCGAAGUCUCCCCGACAGUGAAUGAACUGCUGCUGUCCCCAGACCUUGUAAACUGUCUGGACAAAGAUCCAAAUGAAGCUUCCAGUAUACCAGCAACUCCUGCACCAGCAGCUGCUCCCCUAGCACCAGGCACCUCCUGGCCCCUGUCAUCCUUUGUCCCUUCCCAGAAGACCUACCCUGGUACCUAUGGUUUCCGUUUAGGAUUCCUGAAUUCUGGGACAGCCAAAUCUGUAACCUGCACGUACUCCCCUACCCUCAACAAGCUGUUUUGCCAGCUGGCAAAGACCUGUCCUGUGCAGCUGUGGGUCAGCUCCCCACCCCCGCUCGACACCCGUGUCCGUGCCAUGGCCAUCUAUAAGAAGUCUGAGUACAUGACAGAGGUUGUGAGGCGCUGCCCCCACCAUGAGCGCUGCUCUGACUAUAGUGAUGGUCUGGCCCCUCCUCAGCAUCUUAUCCGGGUGGAAGGGAAUUCGGGUGCCGAGUAUUUGGACGACAAAAUCACUUUUCGACAUAGUGUGGUGGUGCCCUAUAAGCCGCCCGAGGUGGGCUCUGACUGCACCACCGUCCACUACAACUUCAUGUGUAACAGCUCCUGCAUGGGAGGCAUGAACCGGCGGCCCAUCCUCACCAUCAUCACACUGGAAGACUCCAAUGGUAAUCUGCUGGGACGAAACAGCUUUGAAGUGCGUAUUUGCGCCUGUCCCGGGAGAGACCGGCGCACAGAGGAAGAAAAUUUCCGCAAGAAGGAGGAGCCUUGUCCCAAGCAGCCCCCUGGGAGCACUAAGCGAGCACUGUCCACCAACACUGACUCCUCUCACCCGCCAAAGAUGCCAAUGGAUGAAGAAUAUUUCACCCUUCAGAUCCGUGGGCGGGAGCGCUUUGAGAUGUUCCGAGAAUUGAAUGAAGCCUUAGAGCUAAAGGAUGCCCAGGCUGGAAAGGACCCAGGGGGAAGCAAGACUCACUCCAGCCACCUGAAGUCUAAAAAGGGACAAUCUACCUCCCGCCAUAAAAAACCCAUGCUCAAGAGAGAGGGACCUGACUCAGACUGACAUCUCCUGCUUCCUGUCCCCCAGUGAUACCCCCACCCUUGUUCCCCUUCCCUGGCAUUUUUGGGGGCUUAGGAUCUUCAACCUCUGCUUGGUUCAGGUGUGCCUCAAACACCCAUUGGUGGACUGGGCAGCUGGUUAAGAGGAGGGAAUUUCUAAGUCCCUUCUCUGCUGGUCUGGCCAAAUCCUGUCUAUCAUCUUGGUGAACCUCACUAAGAAAUCUCACCCGAUCCCAUACCCUGGAAGAUUUCAUCUCUUCCAAGAUCCGUUUCUUCUACAAUCUGUAAGGCACAUCUGUAUUCCUGACCCGCACCCCUCUCUUCCCCUUUUAUACCACAUUUUUUUAUAUUGUUUUCUUAUUUUACAAUAAAACUCUAUUAGCA